AUGAAUAGAUCGACCGGACUGCCUCCAACAGAUGGUUUCACUGCAGCCAGCUCCUAUUGUACGUCCGGAAAAGUCGUACUGAGCCAUUUUAUCUCGGUGGUACUCGCCCAUGGAAUCUUUCAAGAUUUGGAGGAUUGUGAUUUACUUUCAUCAACUCCUGCCACUGAACUUGAGCUGACGGUGACGGCCAGGAGGCGGUGUCCCUCCUACCACUACUGCUCGGUCCAGCCUUGUUCCUCAGUGGCAUUCAGCGCCGUGGAUACCGUGUUUUAUACCUUCCAGCCAAAGGAAAUUUGUGAGGUUGUCCGCCCUAGGAGUUUGUUUUUAACAAACUUGCGUGUCCCGUACCUUCCUGGUCAAUGA